AUGCUGAAAGACAAUGUUCAACGUCGUCAAUUUUUCUUUGAUCGUGAACAAAUCAAUCUUGAAUCACAUCAAUUGGUUUGGUUAGGUCCUUUGAUAUUAUUAUCAAUUGAGAAUCUUCGAGCAAUUAUUGAUUAUACGAAAGUGUUCGAUAAUCUGAAAGAAUGUUUAACAUACGUUGAAAAAACAAAUCUAUCAACAACAAUCUUUUUAGUCAUAUCAUCCAAUGAGUUAGCCGAACUUCUGAUUUCACAAAUUGUCAAUUUUAGAAAUAUUUGGUCGAUUAUUGUCUAUGAUCUUAACACGAAUCAUUCGGAAUGGAUNGAAUUUUAUCGAAGCGUUUAUGUAUUACAAUAA